AUGAUUUACUCUAACAAUGAUACAAACCAUAGGCGGGUGAUGCGUAGCAAGAAGGAAGAACCGAUCUAUUUUGGCCGUGAACAGACCGAGGACGCAGAUAGACUUGGUGAUUUCGCGGUGACGAAUCAGCCUAGAUCACCAGUGGUAUACUACUUCAUAGAGAUAAGGCAGCCUCGUUACUCUAACUACACAGACAACUCAAAUCACGGAAGAACAGCGGGAUCAGCGGACAAUUCUUCUCCCAUCUAA